AUGUUGAAGUACUUCAAUGAGAACAUAUCCCUAGCGCUCCAGGAGAGGUACAGGGACCUCCAUGAGUACCGGAAGGAGGUAGAGGACUCACCGAGGGAGGCCAAAAUUCCAAAAAUUGCUGAGGAAGGGGAGAGUGUCGGCGGCGAAGGCGCCUUCGAGACGAGCGCCGAGCCGCCGUUCCCUCGCCUCCUGGAGGCGCCCAAGGAGGAAGACAACUUCGUAACAAGUUGGCUCCAAAACUCGUUUAAGAUGACUGCCGCUGAAGGUAACGAGGCCUCCCCGGGGGGUAGUGCCUUAGACCUACGAGCGGCCCCACUGUCUCUACACAUACCCGCAAUUCAAAGUGAAGCCCAAAGGUUCAAAAUGCAGGACUUUUGGAACAGGAGUAGACCGAGCUCUCCAGCUCAGGAGGAACAGCCAGGACCAGCACCUCCAACUCCGCAACCACCACCUACUCCUGACCACAAGAUUAUGACGGAAAAACUUGUUAGUGAAAUACAGCAACAACAGUCACCAUCAGCAGAUUCAACGAUGAGCGAACGAUCUCUUGUGCCGUUUGCGCUGGUAAAUUUACUGUCCUCACUCAAUAAUGUCGAUCCUCAGCAGUCGCCUACAGGGGAAGCCCCGAUCGGCGAUCGAAACUCAAUGUUGCCCUUCGCAUUGGUAAAUUUCCUGAAUAGCCUGAAUAUUGAUCAACAAGCGAGAUCGGGUCAGGCAAUCAGCGAGCGAACCCUGGAAGAAUGCUGGUCUACCCUGCAACGAGUGAGUUGGCACCUGUUUCAAUGCGUAUCGUUAUCUUCCAAUGACAUUUGGUUUGUAACCAGAAUUAAUACAACCUCUUUUAUAAAAACAAAAUAG